GCAGGACUGUGACCGCUAAAGUUUGCUUACUUGCACCUUAAAAAGGGGAGAUAUAAAAAAACGCCCACACAAAGCUUUUUCUCUGGUGGUAUAAAUAAUGUAACAAUUUUCUGUUUUUAAACAUUAAAAUAAUAUACACUUUUCGUUCAUAGUUCUUCAACAGGUACAAUCAAACAUAAUAGGUAAGUAUCCACAAAAGUAUUCAGCUAAACAAAAAAAGCAAUGUUCAAAAUAUCAAAAUCAAUAAACCCAUAAAUACAGUGCUUAACAAGGACAAUUUGUCCCUCCUCCUCGUCAAUUCCCUGCCUUCUUCAUCACAGUUACUUUAUACAUUGCAUGCCACAUAAAUAACCCAAUUUAGCUAUUUCUGAACAAUAUCCCAAUUUCCAAUUAGCAUUAGUCUAAAAACUAAAUAUAAUUCAGAAAACACUCGACAUAUCAACAAAACAUAAACAGAACAUCUCCCCAAACACAUAUCAAGGUUAUUUAAAAACUUUGAAAGCAUAAACACUCAUUCAAAGUCGCUGGAAAAGGAAGACGUAAAUAACCAUAACCGUUCCCGCCUCCUCAGCACGAGCUAACCGAUAAAUCUAACACACCAAGAGAGGCGGGACUUAAGGCAGAACAGCCAAUCAUCAUCCGGUCACACUCAAAGCCGGUGUUCUGAUUGAGUGGGAGGGGAGAGGAGAGGAAGCAGCCGCAUCGAGCGCAGACACAGAGCGGACAGAGAAACGCUGGAGUGACUGCUGUAAGGCGUUUUGUAAAAACUGCUGAAAAACUGCAAAAAAAGUGCGGGUGUUUAACCCUUUCACCGGGAAAAGUGUGGGUGUUAAAACACCCACAUCCCCCACGGUUGCGACGCCCCUGCUGAUUACAAAUUCAAUAGUGUGGUUAGAUUACUGUACAAAUUACUCUCUCCAAAAAGUAUCUAGUUACUUAUUACUAAUUACUUUCUAUAUCCUUAAUCAACCUUUUUAACCUGAUUAGUUAAGUGAUUCAAGGAUGGACAUGAAACGGCUUACUUAAUUAAUUCAAAAUAUUAUUAUUAUUAAACGGCAUAAAGUAGUAUUAAAUGACUUAAGUAUAACAAAUGUGAGAAUUAUACAUUAAAGCACUGAUUUUAAAGUAAGACUUUUGAUGUCAAUUCCAACAUUGCACACACGUUACACAAUGUAUUUAGUGUAAAUACAUCAAAAGUAACUAAUUAAAUUACAGCAAAAACAAGAGUAAUCCCUGACUUUACUUUUCCAAGGGAAAUGUAAUUAAAUUACAGUAACUAAUUACUUAGUAACUAGUUACACACAACACUGGUCUUGAGUUUAUUUGUUAGACAUUGCUUGCCUUCACAAAUUAUGCUAAUAGUUAAAGCUACAAUACAAUAGUAUAAUAUAUGAGAACAAAUACUUUUUAACUUCAAAUGUUUUCAUUAUUUUACGCCAUUUUAAUAGGGAAUAUUGACCACUGUUAACACUUGUGUAGAUAUAAACUCGUCCUAAACCCCCUCCCCUCACAUUCUAUAAAUAUCCCAUCUGAUGAGCGUCUACACCGCUUGUGUUCCACACCCGUACACUCUCACACAAUAAACACACCUUCUGUAUCAUUAUUUAUUAUUGUCGUGUGAGAUAUGAGCGAGUUUCGGUCAGUUCUGGGUUUACCGGAGGAAGGUCCGGAGCUCAAGGAGGAGGCAAAACAACUGAAGGCGAGAUUUCUGGAAGCCUUAAAAUGCAACAAUGCAGCCGAGGUGGCGAAAAUCCUCCGCACGACCAGCGUUGACAUAGACACCGUGUUUGACGUGGAGGACCGCAAUAUGACACUUGCCUCGUAUAAGCAAGGUUACUGGCUACCCAGUUAUAAGUUGGAGUGUUCCUGGGCAAUGGGUCUUCACGUAUGUAUGAUGUACAAUUCAUUAGAGAGUGCCGUGGUCCUCCUGCAGAAUGGGGCGGCAGUCAAUAAGAAACCUAAUGGAAAGACCCCUCUGCAUGUGGCCUGUACAGUGUCUAAUUCUGACUGUGUGGGACUUCUGCUGGAAUGGGGGGCAAGAGUCAACAGCAUGUCCCUGAGUGGACAUGCCCCUUUACACUACUGCGUUACGCAAGAGUCUUUGGACUGUGCCAAAUUGCUUAUUCUCAAAGGCGCAAACAUCAACAUGCCCAGCGAUGAGAACCAGGACACUCCUCUGCACACAGCGGCCCGCUUCGGUGUACCUGAGCUGGUGGCUUUCUACACUGUCCAAGGAGCUGAUGUCAAUGCAGUCAACACCCACAUGGAGACACCUCUUAUCACCGCCGCAUUCUGGGCCAUGGACAUGCGUGAACAUAUGUACAGUGAGGACCACCAUCUCGUUUGCAGGAUCCUGCUGGACCACAACGCUAACCUGCACUUACAUGAAGAAGACAAGAAAACCGCCCUGCACAAAGCUUGCUGGAACUGUGAUCACGUGCUUAUACAGAUGUUGCUAGAGGCUGGUGCCAAACCUCAAACUAUGGAUAUCAAUGGAUGUGGGGCUAUUCAGUAUCUUCUGAAGGUAACGCAGAAUCGGCAGUGGGCCAUUCCUGAACGCUGCUUUCAGCUGCUUCUCAACUACGGAGCACCCAGAGUUUAUCCGCCCCAGUUUCAUAAGGUGUUGCAGGCAUGCCAUGACUACCCCAGAGCCGUGGAGGUGAUGGUGAAUUCUUAUGAACACGUAAAGUACACGAAAAAAUGGAGGACAGCUAUUCCUGAACCUGUAUAUGAGCGGCACAAGGAUUUCUACGACUCCUUGUUUGCCGUAUGUACCAACAAUCCACGCGCUCUACAACAUCUGGCAAGAUGCGCUAUACGUUCUGCAAUGUCCAGUCGCUGCCAACAGGGUGUCCAGGAACUCAGUCUUCCUCCAUCGGUGAAAAAAUACCUGCUUCUGGAGCCUGUAGGAAUCAUAUACUGAUAUCUGACUUAAGGCUAUAAUACACUACAAGAUUUUUGCACUGAUUUUCAGUCUGGACUUGUUGCAGAAAGUCUGCGCCAGUCUGCAGAUUUGAUCAGUUAGUGUGUUUCUAUCUGAAACUUUCUGUCUUGUAUAUGAUGUCUAGUUUAAACAAAAUCUGUUCAGAUUUUAAAAGUCUUGUAGUGUAAUCCAGACAUUAUAAAGACAUACGGCUACUCCGUUACAACACCAAGAGUUUAGUGGAACAUCAUGGUAGCCAUUCCAUAUAAUUCCAGUGUAAAUGCAGAUGUGAUAUUAAACAGAAACAUAUUUAGUUUUCAAAUAUGCCAAGCAUGAUUUUUUAUUGCUAAAUAUAAUACAAAUGUAUAUUGUGACGCAUGUAUAAAUGUAUGCAUGACGAGCCUUUGACCAUCGAUGUGUAAUAGUGAUUGUAGUUUAUCAGCUCAGUUUAUUUUUUCUAAACCCCUUUCACAACUGUUAUCACACUUUUGAAAAACUAGUGUAGACUCCAAACAAAUAAUUAUUUAUAAACAGAUUUAGCGGAUCUUUCUUUUUUAAUUCUUCACUGAUUUUAAUGAGAAAUAUGUGGAUUUAAUCAUUAAUCAAUCUCUGUACCCCACACAAUGUCAUCUGGAUGCAUUUUCUAUGCAGCAGACAACCUGUUUCCACUCGUUCUCUACAGAGAAAAGGAGAUAAAACUAAGAAAAAGCCAGUAACAUGUGUAUCUCGAACACUGAAAUACAGCCCGACAUUCAGGGUUUGCCCUUGCUGUGUACGAGAUUAUACCACUAAACUAGUAAAUAUAAAAAUAUUAUAAAGAGUUCAACAAGUGUGCAUAGUACUUCUCAAUGGAUAUUAGAAACUAGAAGGCAGUUGUUUGGCUUUGAGAUGGGGGACAUUGUGUGGAUGACUGACAGGUCAGGCGGUGCAGUUACAGCUCCUGAAAUAGCACUGUGUUUUUAGACGGGGACGGGUGUCAGAGACACAAUCUCAAGUGCUGUCAGGAGAGAGUGGUAGACAUGCUAAAGUAAAGAUAGAUCAUUUUGUUCCUGUAACUACAGCCCGGGAACACACAGAGGUUUUUUGCCAGGAAUCUUGCCCUUCAAGCAAUAAUAAAACUUUAACUCAAUAAUAACUUAUUUGUAUUGUAACAACUGAAUAAUCCGCCCAAUUAGCAAACAUCCGUUUUGAAUGAUUUGAUUGACAAAGAUAAAA